AUGGAACGCACUCCAAAGGCCAAAGCACGCCGACAGUCGCUGCCUACGCAGCAUCACCUCUCCCAUCCGACCGCACAAGACGAUGGCAGCGCAACAAACGCGGCGCAUGCAGAGCUCAUCCGAUUUCGAGACGAAAUGGGCAUCCAUGGGCAUCCCCAUUCGACACCAGUCGCGGCCAAUGCCCACUAUGUAAUGACAUUCGACGCUGGCAUGAGCAAACCAUCCUCAACCGCAGCUGCCAGCAACAAGAGGUACUCUCCGUCAACCUCGAGUGCAGUCGAUACAGCAACAAGCCGCACCGAGCAACGGUCUAUCAAAGCAGAGUCGUCGGAUGUGGGGACGAGUCUUGCGUCGGCUAAUCGUGACGUGAAUGGCAACUCUAGCGGUGGAGAGAACGCUGUCACCAAGAAAAAAGUCCGCAAGAAGUGGUCCAUCGACGAGACCAAAAUGCUGGUCGACGGCUGUCGAAAGGGAACUGGAAGUCCAUGUUGGAUGACCCGGACCUCCAAUUUGAUCCUGAUCGAACGCCCGUUGAUCUCAAAGAUAGGCACGUUUCGUACUUACUUUCCCGAUACCUAUCGACGGCUAUAUCCAAACGCAAAAACGCAUAUCCCCAGCUCGAGUGCGCGAGCUAAGCGGACAGAGCUUCCGGACUGCCCCACUUUCUUCGAGAAGAGUCGAAGCAAGAAGCGUAGGCCAUUUACAAAGGAAGAAGACGACGCGUUGCGAGAAGGUUUUGAAAAGCACGGGACCGUAUGGGCCAUUAUUGCAAAAAACCCCGUUCUAUCCACGAGACGGAGUACAGACCUUAGGGACCGCUUUCGCAAUGCAUUUCCGGAUCUCUACGAAAAGGCUGGCUACAAGCCCCGUCCGACCAAGCCUGGGAAGAAGCAACGAGGUGCGGAUAUUGUAGAAUCGACGCGACAAACCUCCGGUCCCAUUGAACGACGUCGUUCGACCUCGUAUCCGACGCGAGAGCUGACGACUGUCCGGGAAAUGUCCAUGGAGCCCGAGCAGACUUUGUCGACGACGCCAGAGGCAGAAGAUUCAUUUGAAAUGAAUGGUACCAAUGGCAACGAAAGCGCCAGCGAACUCCCUCACACGCCUCAAAUGGAGACGGACAUGGAUAUUGCGCUCGAUGAAAAGCCUAUCAAGACGGAUACUCGAUCAACGUCGACAGCAGCUACGUAUGGUGAUUCAGAUGCCGUCAGGUCAACCAACACGAACGAACAUGGAGGGUAUGCGUCUCGACAGCGGAGUUCGUCGAAUGCGCAACGCAGUAUUUCUGGAGAAGUCGCUCCCUCUCCUCAACAAGGACAUCCUCAGAACGUACAGCCGUCGCCAGCAUUUUCGCAAGGAGGGCACGACCACAAAAUCUCCAACGCCUCGUGGUACCCCGCGCGAUGGCUCUCUGGCGCCCAAGGAGGGUAUAUGGAAGACCCGAACGGUACAAGCGGUCGUGGACAGUCGUCGCAUGUUCAAGGCUUGAUGGACAACUUUGAUGGAGUUUCCGGCUUAGGUUUAAACGGCGUCGGAUUCCCGUCCAACUCGGGACUUGGCUUAGGAUUUGGAUUGGUCACCGGUGGAUGGGAAAACCAACAGACUAUCAUUGACCGGUACGAUUUACCCUCAUCUGCGGCGCAUCUUCUCCAUGGCGGAGAGUUCCAAUCCGAAGCCGGGAUCGGCGAUACCGGGAGCUCGUUGUCUGGUCUCGACGAGUAUAAUGCAAAUUCUCAAAUGUCAAUGAGCUCACAUCAUCGGUAUGCUGGCGACUUGUUCCUGGCUAGAGGUGCGGGUUUCGGAGGUGGAGGCUGGAAUGGAUGGGGGAACCAUGGUUUUGGUUUCAUGUUUAGUGGCAGCAACCAAGGGAAUAUGCCCAGUUUUGCACGCGCUGGAAUUGAUUUGGGCGGUCCAUUGCCAGAUGCCAGCAGUCACCUCAGCAGUGGCGCCCAGUCACCAGAAUUUCCACAAAUGUUACGACAGGACCAAUCGAUUGAGGACCUAGGCGCUGCUCUAGGUGGCUCUAUUCUCAGUAGUCCGCAUUCGGUCGACCCCUCGAAGACAUUAUUACACGAUAUCGCAACCCCGCCUCCAGGAACCCCUGCGCCUACUUCACCUGCGACACGAAGCUUUACAAAUGUGGACAUGUAUGGAAAUCCGAACCAUGUCCAUGCGGGUCCAGGAGUAGGGCUCGUUCGUCAUUCGAGCAUGGGGACCGACUUGCUCUUGCAAGGCCACAAUCCCCAACCACCCUCGUCGAGACAUGCCUUUCAACAGCAGACCCAGUCAACUUCGUCGCACUCUCGCAGCUACUCUCAACCCCCAUCCGAGCAUCGCAUCCAGCCUGGUCAGAAUCGGUCCGCAAAUACGACCGUUUCGAGUCCUGUCAAGAGUCCUUUCCAGAACCUCGAUGCACGUGGCUACGAAGUGUCGUUUGAUGGUCUGGUCAACUCGAGAGGUGGAAGUCCUGCCCGACAUCCCAACUCUUUUGGCCAAGAUGUGGCCGGUGGACAAUCUGCGAUGAACGGUCAAUAUCAGUCGCAUCAAGUACGCCAUUCGCACCAGUACUCGCAAGACAGCGACGCUCAACACCAGGAGCAGCAGCAACAACGUACACCCGUUCAAAAGCAUGCUCCUUUGCGAAACUUUGACACACUCUUCCCACCUGCAAACUCUGCGUCUCUGUUCACCGCGCCAGGCGCGUCUUGGGGCCAGCUCUCAUCAGUCGCAAUGGCGCUGGAUCUCCAUGGUGCAUCUCAUCCGUAUGGUGCUGGACAUGCGCCAGCGUCUGCAUCGCAGUCAAGUCUGGGGAUGCAGAUGCACGGUUCUUAUGGAAACCAUUUCAUGGAACAGUUUGCCGACUUUGAGACCAAUGCCCUCGAUCUUGCCACGACUGUUACGGGCCCUCACUCGGGUACUAUCAACCUCCUUUCUCCAAAUUCCUCCAAUCAAAGCGUCAGCUCACCACCGUCGCAAUAUCCGAUUACACCCUCGACUGUCAGCAAUCAUCUCCAGAGCCCCGUCUCUAUUCAUAGCCAGAAGCAUUCGCCAAAUCCUUCGGGAUCAAAACCAGUCUUCAAGACGCCAAACCUUCCAGCAUCGAGAUCGCUGAAUCCAAAUACGUAUAUACAACAGCAACAGCAGCAACAGCAAUUCACCUCGCCUUCUGCCUCUUUAUUGCCUGGAUCCAUGUCCAUGGACGAUUCGAUGAUCAUCAGCCAGCCAGCUCAAAGCCAUCUUCCCCAAGGCGGAACGACACGUCGGGAAUCGUUCUCGUAUGGAACUACAGCAGCGAACCAGAGCGUAAACUCUGGAAUGAUGCUCUCGCUUAACCGUGUGCAAUCGGCGGGGAGUGCUGGUGCCGGAUCUGGGUCACUGGCGGUGCCCCAGGCGCAUCUUCAGCAUCACAGGUCGAGUGCUGCACAGGAGAAUAUGAAGCAAAAGGGAUGGGAUAAGACGAUCACGACUCGAAGAGCCAAGCGCGCUAGCUGGGGUGCGGCGCAGUCCUUUGGCGACGUAUAG